AUGAGUGGUACUAAUGAAUGGUCUACCGAGGAAGUUUGUAAGAAAUUAAAAGCAGAGCUUGAGUUGGACGAUGCCGAGACGUACAUUCUGGACAGAAUACGAGAGAACAAAAUUACCGGGUCUACUUUAUCUGAGAUAACGUUGGCGGAUUGCAAGGAGCUAUGCCCUGAUAAUGUGAGCGCCGUGAGAUUAAAGACAUGUAUUAAUAAAUUUGUUGAUGCUGAAGAGCAGGCUCCGGAACAAGAACUAGUUUUAACCAUGAAGGGAUUGCACCAAACCUUGAACGAGAAAUUGCAAGAGUUCCAGUCGAAUUACGCACAGCUACGGCUUGACCUAUUGGAGAUUGUGAAAAGGAAUACUGUUUCCGGUAUUGGUAUGGCAUCAAGCCAAUCAAACCAAGUGCCACAGCAAGGUCCACAAUCUUCAUCACAAGAUUACUUCGACAGGACGCCUCACCAUCAUUCCUCGCAUACACCUUCAUCGCCUAAAUUCAGAUCAAAUUCGAACCCUGGGGUAACAUCACAAGCUGGUGGUACACGAAAUGUAUCAUCGCCUCAUACAUCUACUACACCGGGAUCAGCAGGUGGUCCUCCGGGAGGUGCACCGGCAGCACCAAGCUCGGAACCUAUGAAGCAAUUACGUGCCUCUAAAGAAGAUUCAUGCGAAAAGGUGUUAAGAAAUGCAAUGAAGAGACAUAAUUUGAACGAAGCAGAUUGGAGACAGCAUGUGUUAGUGAUAUGUUACGGAGAUCAAGAGCGUGUUCUUGAACUAGACGAAAAGCCGGUUCAAAUAUUUAAGUCUCUAAAACAACAGGGCCUACAUCCGGCUAUUAUGCUAAGGCAGAAGGGUGACUUUGAAGAAGUUGGAGAAAUGGCUGCAACACCUGGCGGAAGAUUAUAA